AGAAGAAGAAGAAGAAAAAGAAGCAGAAAGAUUUUUGUCCCUCUUCGGCGUCCAUACCUACCAGCCGUUAUUUUGAAUGUACUGCGCGGUUGGCACUUCGCUUGAGUUUAGAGAAAACCGAGGAUGGCCUCUACUAAUGAUUACAGCGUGUUUAAAACCCCCAUCAGAGGCAGGGUGAGGAGUUCUGGGAGCAGUGGAGGUGGGACCCCUAUCACCAUUCCUGCUUCACCAUUCAUGAAGAAGUUGGGUUGUGGAACUGGAGUCAGUGUUUAUCUGAUGAACAGAGUGGGGAAGCUCAACUCAUCUCCAUGGGCUGUGAAGAAGAUCAACAGUAAAUGUGCAUCCCAACAGUCGGCUGUUUACCAGCUGCGUCUAAAUGAGGAGGCAGAGAUCCUGAAAGGAAUAGAUCACCCAAAUAUUGUUGGUUUCCGUGCCUUUGCUACAGCAAAAGACGGUUCAAAGUGUCUGGCUAUGGAAUAUGGAGGAGAGCAGUCCCUCAACGACCUGAUAGAGAAGCGGAGGGAGAAUGGACUAAAAGCUUUUCCCGCUGCUAACAUAGAAAAGGUGGCUCUGCAUGUGGCGCGUGGGCUGAAGUACCUUCACAAUGAGAAGAAGCUUCUGCAUGGGGACAUGAAGUCGUGUAACGUGGUUAUCAAAGGUGAUUUUGAGACUGUCAAGAUCUGUGACGUUGGUGUCUCUCUGCAUCUCGACGAGAACAUGAAAGUGUCUGACCCUAAGGCAGAGUAUAUCGGCACAGAGCCGUGGAAGCCAAAAGAAGCUCUGGAGGAGGGAGGAGAAAUCACCGAUAAGGCAGACAUCUUCGCCUUCGGUCUGACCCUGUGGGAGAUGAUGACUCUGGACAUGCCUCACCUGCAGAUGCUGGACGGUGAUGAAGACGAUAACGGGGACGAUUCAAUGGAGGAGAGCUUUGAUGAGGAUGCCUAUUAUGAGCGUUUGGGGACGAGGCCUCCGCUGGACGCUGCGUCUCUGGGCACCUCGUACAGGAGGAUGGUGGAGCUCUUCUGUCUUUGCACUGAGGAAGACCCUAAGAAGAGACCAUCAGCUGCACAGAUUGUCCAGGCCUUAGAGGACAACACUGUGUUGGACAGAGCACCAUGUGAGGUGAUCGUUAUUGAUUAACAUCUUCAUUUAUUGCUCUGAACUCUUGUAAAUGUUAACCAUUUGUCUGGAACAGUUAAAACACUGUUUUAUAAUUGUCAUUUCUAUGUUUUGUCAUCUUUUACUGUAUCCUUUACUUCAUGAACUUUUUCACAGUAAACCAUAAAAUGCUCUUACUAUUGUCUGUUUGUAAAUAAGUGUAAAAGGUAAAAGUGGGUGGGGGAAAAAAAGGAAUAUCCUUAAAAUAAUUUUUGUUAAAUGUACGAAGCAGGAACAUCCCUCAAAGGGGAAAGAGUCGUUCAACCAAACUAGCUUAAUUCACCAGAUCGUAUCUUACUUUUAAAUACUUAUAUUACAAAUGAGAAAAAUAUAAACGUAAAAGAAAAAAAAAAAGCUUUGUUUUAUAAUUUGAUAAGUACAUCGCCAUGUUGCAGUACCUCGCACGGUGAUGUCCAGGGAUAGAUUAAUGCUAGCUCUAGCAGUUGUAUAGAUUGGAAGCACUGAUAGAUCACAACCAUAAAACCCUUUCAGCUUUAUCUUGCAUCAAACCAAAUGUUCUAUGGUUGAUCUGUCGCCAGUAUAUCCAAUUGCUAGAACUAGCGUCAAUCAACCCCCUGCGGUCACCAUUCGAGGUACUGCAACAUGGUGGCACCCUUACCAAAGAAUUAUAAAACAAAAGGUUUUUAAUUUGACUCUUUACGUUUGUAAUUUAAUUAUCGAUAACAGUAAGACACAAUCCCAUGAACUAAGUUAGUUUGAUCGUUUCAUUUCCC